UGAAAGCUCAGCAAAGAUUGGGGGACUAAAAAUUCACAGUUACUGUUGUGUGCAUUGGGUGGCCUUGUGAUGACUCCAUAAUUCUUCACUAUAUAUAUUAAUGCAAUAAAAACCACUAAAACCAGUCUUUCUUCCUCCCCCAACCCUCCUCCUCUUGCUUCCUCCCAACCCAUUAAUCUCUCCCUCUGUCUCUUAAGCACUUUCAUGUCUCAACAGGUAGAGGAGGAGAGGGAACAGCCAAACAUGGAAGAAGCCGAUCAUCAAGAGGAAGAAGUCAUCAUAGGCUGCAACGAACAACACAACAACAACAACACCGCCACCACCACCACCAACAACAACAUUAUCAUCAAGGGCAAGCGCACAAAGCGCCUUAGGCCUCAAUCCCCCAUCCCUUUCGCCAUCCCCACGAACUCGUCCACCGCGGAUGGCGGUGGCCAAGGUGGCGGUGGUGGUGAGUGUAACAACACCACCAACUCGUCUCCCACCACCUCCACGGAGUUCCAGGAUAGCACCGAGGAAGAGGAGGACAUGGCGAAUUGUUUGAUCCUCUUGGCACAAGGCCAAUCCCGGGGUCCUUCUUCGUCCCCCAAGCUGCCCCAAGCCCAUAACGAUCACAACGCAACCACAACAACAAGUCGGAGAUUCCUGGAAGCAACACCCCUCGCCGCUGCUGUGGGGCCAGCCAAGAUGGAGGGGCCGGCUGCCGCAGCUGGCGGGUAUUAUGUGUAUGAAUGCAAGACAUGUAACCGGACUUUCCCUUCUUUCCAAGCAUUGGGUGGUCACCGGGCGAGUCACAAGAAGCCAAAAGCAGCGAUAAAUGUGGAUGACAAGAAGCAGUUUGGAAUUGGGCUGUUACCAUCGGAUGAAGAAGACACACAAUUAUUCAAGAACAUGAACAUGAACAACAACACGGCCUCCUCAUCCCCACUUUCUCUUCAUUUGAGUAACAGGGGGUUGGUCUUGAGUACCAACAACAACAAGUCUAAGGUACAUGAGUGCUCCAUUUGCGGGGCGGAGUUCACCUCCGGUCAGGCCUUGGGAGGCCACAUGAGGCGCCACCGGGCGCCCGUUGGAGGACCAGCUACCCUGGCGUUGACAGCUCCUCCUCCAACAGUUCCUUUAGCCUUGGAAGCUCCGCAACCACAACAAAACCAACACCAACAACAGCCCUUAAAGAAGCAAAGAAGCAUGUUGUCUUUGGAUUUGGAUCUCAACCUUCCAGCACCCGAAGACGAUCAUCAUCAUCGAGAUCAAUCCAAAUUUCUGUUUGCACCCAAACAACAGCAGCAGCAACAACCGCAGCAGCCUCCGCAGCAACAGCAACAAGAAAGGUUAAGAAUUUUGGUGGAUUGUCAUUACUAAAGAAAGGUUAAAAAAAAAAAUUCUAGUUCCUUCUCACAGUUUGGUCAACUUGAUGUGAAUUACCAUAUUUUUUUUUCCUUUUACCUUGAAAUUCUUUGGAUUCUUUUGAUUCAACUUGAACGAUAUCAAAUAUAUGGACUUCGAUUCUUUGCUAAGUCAGUGUAAAAUUUUUCUACUGUCAUACUUUUUCCGAUGUGGGACAAUUGUAUUUGAUCUACAAGAUUAACAAUACCAUGUAAUGAUGAGGGCUUUGUCCUCUGCUUU